ACGGUAGAAAGCUUUGUUCUUCAUUCGGGGGGAGGAGGAGUCGGUGCAGGCGGAAUAGGAGUGGGAGGAAGCAACGGAAGCAGUGGAGGAGGUGGUGGUGGAGGCGGUAGCGAUUCUCAGAAAAAGCGCAAACGUCGGGUGUUGUUUUCUAAAGCCCAGACCUAUGAGCUGGAGCGUCGCUUCCGCCAGCAACGCUACCUCUCCGCCCCGGAACGUGAGCAUCUCGCUAGCAUCAUUCGCCUCACGCCGACUCAAGUGAAAAUCUGGUUUCAAAAUCACCGUUACAAGUUGAAGCGGGCCCGUCAAGAGAAAGGCAUUGAACUGAACCCUCUACCAUCGCCAAGGCGUGUAGCUGUGCCCGUGUUGGUACGAGAUGGAAAACCGUGUCAAUCGACGGUCAACGGAUCUCUUGUAAAGGCACAGGAUCAGCUCUCGUUACAACAUAACUUGGGCGCAACAGUAAGUUCUAACAUAAAUAACAGUCUUUCUGCUCAUAACCAGAUGAACUCAAUGCCACCGAUGAAUUCUAUGGCUAACAUGGCGUCAACAUUGGCAUCUUCUUCAAUGAACAUGAAUUGUUCCUAUAGUAUGAAUUCUGUGAAUCUUAAUGUAGGCAUGAGUGUAUUACCGAGUUAUUCGCAUCCACUCAUGCAACCAAGAUCAGGCUGGUGGUGAGAAUUUAACAAUGAGAAACUUCGUCUCUUGCAACAUGGUUGGAGGGGGUAAUUAAAUACGCCAGAAUUGAUACGCACACACACACAUGCACACACACACAAACACAUACACAUGCACACACACACACAAACACACACACAUGCACACACACAUACAUUUAUAUAUGUAUGUGUGUGUUUAUGUAUGUGUAUAUACACACAUAUAUAUAUAUAUACAUAUGUAUGCAUGUAUUUGUAUAUAUAUAUAUAUAUAUAUAUAUAUAUAUAUAUAUAUAUAUAUAUAUAUAUAUAUAUACAUGCAUAUAUAUAUGCAUACACACAGGAACACACACACACACAUACACACACACACACACACACACACACACAUAUAUAUAUAUAUAUUGUUAUAUAUAUAUAUAUAUAUAUAUAUAUAUAUAUGUAUGUAUGUAUGUAUGUAUGUAUGUAUACACGGUAGAAGGUUACAGUGGACUACUAGUGUCAAUCAACUGAACCAGCAAGAGGAGUUCUAAUUCUGGUUGAGUAACUUCGUAUCAUUUUACCCGACCAAAUAAAUUAGCUUUGGAGAUGAAUGAGAUUUACAAAGGCUGAGAUAUACUGGAAACAUUGCACAAACACGGAAGUUUUUUGUCUAUGACCAAAGAUCUAAUUUACGAACUUUUAGACGACUACAAACAGAUAGAUGUGCAUGUAUGUGUGUGUAAGAUAUACUUUAAUUUACAAUGCUUCCUUUUAUGGUGUUGAUAUCAUAAGCAGGAGGGAAAAAAUUAUGGAUAACAAGAACAAUCACUAACAGCUGCUAGCUGCCAAAGAAGGACCUCAACAAAUCCAAGACCUUCUCAUUAGCUGAUAUACGAACUUCGUUGAGGGUGAAUUGGGAAACUAUAAAUGUUAAACAGUUUCGUCAACACUCCCUAUUUCUUGAUUGAAUAACUCUUGUGUGCCCGUGUGGUUUGGUGUAAAAUUGGUUUAUGCAUAU